AUGGCACCCCAAGGCGAGGACAGGGUGCAAAACCUGCAAAGCCCGCCAUUCUGUGGCGGCUAUGCGGACAACCCGAAACCUUGGAUAUUUGAACCUUGGAGCGAACGUUCCGGUCAUUAUCGCGGGAGUCAAUCCGCGAAUGAUGCUUUGGAAGGACCUAUAACCAUUGUGUCGCUGUAUGAUGGCGUGUUUACAUCUCCCUAUUCGACUGCCGAAGCUCAGACAGCCUUGGAUUUCUGGCUCCGAUUGACCACUCCAGGGGGCACCGAUUGUCCGGCGGAUGCGAUACGAAACACUCUCGGGCGGUAUAUUCCACAAGCUGCAUGGCAUCUUGAUGUCGUAAGGCAUAGCCUGCUCUCUGCUGCAUCAACGGCACUGGUGCUUGAGGCUCGAGCGUCGAAUUGGAGCCUAGAAUUGCAGUCAAUUCUCUCUAAGCAGUCAGUUGUCCACAUGCAUCUGGCCAUACAAGCCGUCCUCAAGGAGAGACAACCGUCGUUAUCCACAGUGCUGGCCGCAGUGAUGAUCGCUGUUGUCUGUGUCUGGACCGGACGCUGGGAGGAAUACAAUCGACACAUCAAUCACUGCCGUACUCUCGGUCGCGCGGUCCGUGCGAAGGGCGAGUUUGUUGACGCAGAUCUGUUGAUUUCUAUCGACACCAUGUUCCAGGUCCUACAACCAUUCCCACCGGUCUCCACCGUGACGAAGGAAUCUCGACUGGAGUAUGUGGUCGCCGUCCUCACCGCAGCCAAGGCAUGGUUUGAUGAUUCCCUCCCCGAGCUCGAGGAAACAUCUGUGUGUGAGCCUUUGAAGACUGCAUUACGCGCUUACCGCACGAGGACGAUGUGGACGUUGCGUCACUGGCAGAAGUUCGACGGUCAGGGUAAAUCACAUGCCCACUUUGCCAGCCUCACACAGUCGCCCUUUGGCCCAGCGGUAAGGCAUGUGCAACAGUAUAUCAACGACCACACCGACUUCGACCUGGGCUUGCUCACGACACAGCUCACGCUCGGCUUCAAGUCGACUCUACUAUAUGGGGCCUGCGGGAACGCUCAGAGAAUGCGGGAGACGGCCAUCGCUUGCCACGCUCCGAUUGUGAUAUUGGCCUCUGAUUCUCUCUGA